CACACACACACACACACACACACAGAGAGAGAGAGAGAGAGAGAGAGAGAGAGAGAGAGACGCAGUCGGAGCGCAUGCAGGAGUAGAAGUGGGAUGUGGAAACUGUUGUCGGGAUCAUGUUCAGCACUUUGAACCGGACAGUGAUCGUUUCGGCCCCGGUGAGCCCUCCGAGUUUCCGGCCCUUAUAAGUCCCUGACACACCGGAGCAGAGCCCGCUGACCGACGGAGCGCCAGCCGUAGAGGGGAGCAGGAACACCGGCUGAAGGAGGUGAGAGGACCCGGGGGAGGGAACCACGGAGGGUACCGUGAUAGAAGCAGACCGUCAUUUGUUUCCUGUGUCAACAUCACUUUAGUUUGAUAUGGUCUCUCUCGGAGCUGAGGGCGGAACCAAUACGGCUCCAAACCUUCGGGUCAAUAAAUUCUAAUACUGGUUUGACUGAGAGGCUGAUCCUGCUUUAAUAACAGGUUUAUUCACAGAGAUACACCCGAGCUGAGUUUAUAACCCGCUGAUUCACAUACAACAGAGACAUAAUGUCUGAGUUACAGAAUGACUCUGGUUUAUUCAGACUGGACCGCUAAUGUCCGGACGGUACUUCCUCAUUUUAACGACAAAACACGAAUGGAAUUAUGAUUACCAUCACAGUGAAAUGUUACAGAGUGUGUUACUAAAUCAGAAAAUCCUGAAAAGUUUGAAUCCAAAUGAAAGUUUAUGUACACAGUGUCUAGAUCAAAGAAUGAGUCAGUGUAACAGGUGUGUCUGUAUGGAACUGACACACACCUGUGCUGUCACUCAGGUGUGUGUGUGUGUGUGUGUGUGUGUGUGUGUGUGUGUGUGUGUGUGUGUGUGUGUGUGUGUGUGUGUGUGUAAAGCUCGUUGGAGGUGGAGCUGAGGGUAAAGAUACUGACCAGAUACACUCUAGAGAUACAAGGGGGUCUAUUUUUAGAACCAGAGCAGCAGAUACAUGUUUACUGUACAUUGUGUGUGUGUGUGUGUGUGUGUGUGUGUGUGUGUGUGUGUGUGUGUGUGUGUGUGUGUGUGUGUGUGUGUGUGAAGGGGAAUGAGGGUCGUUUUGUGUGAACAGUGAGGGGAAGUUUCUGGAAGGAGGGUCCUUCAGGUUAUUUUUAGCUCAGACUGUGAACUGUUCACACCCACAGACUCUCAGACUGACUGUUAUUAUAUUUUCUGUAGCCUACUGUCUUAGUGCCCAAAGCACCUGUGCGCACACACACACAAACCUACAAUCUGUCCAGAAGUUAAUAUCUGGACGGAUAAUAAAACCUUAUUAAUCAUUGAUUGCAGGUGUCAUUUAUCAUUAUUCAGUAAAAUCAUUCAUAUAUCCACUCGCAUGUGAUAAAGAAGUCCUAUACAGGUGAUUAAAUUAAAUGUUAUGCACAUUUCAUAAUCUGCAAAAGAAUAAAAUAUUUCAGUAACAAAGUAUUUCACUAAAUUCAUUUAGAGAGAAACAUUUUUGAAAAAUGCAACAGAAACAUUUAAACAUUUUUUUAUGAAGGGUAAAAACUUUAAACCAAAAAAAAUAACUUCACUUUUUUUUUUAAAUGGUUUUUAAGAUUUUUAAGUUUAUUGAAAACUACUUCUGUUAUUAAGUAUUUUGGAUUUGAUUUGAAAUACUCUAAAUAUUAUAAAUAUAUUUAAUUUUGAAUUUUUUAUGAGCUCCAGCAUUUGACAAUUGAUUUUGGGAUAACAUUAAAUAUUUUUUGCAUUUUGAAAAGUAUAUUUUUUUCCAUCAAUAAAUUGUUUUUAGGGGUUUAAUGUUUAAUAUUGGUGAAUAUUGGUGCAGUCUACCUUCAGGGCCACCGUACAAAAACAGCAACUUCAGAUUAUUGCAUUUACCCAUACAGUUCAUCACUGCAUCUACAAACGGCUGCUGUCAGACAGAAAGCUCAUGUAUUUUUGUAGAGCAGCUCAACACUGUUUGUGGUUCAGCUCUAAGCUGUCUUCCCUUUUUGAGCGUACUUUUUUAGGUAUUUUUACUGACAGGAAAUGUGGGCAGAGAGAGAGGAGAAGAUGAGGCAGCAGUAACUACUUUUUACUGGUAGCAGUUAAGAAACUAAUGGAUCAGAUGACUGAUUGUGUUGUAAAAAAAAAAAAUCAGUGUUGAAAUAUGGAAAUAGGGGCUUUCUACCUGACCUUAAUAAAAGGAAGUUAAAUCUGAACCAUCAAAGAGGAAACAGGUUAGUUCAAAGAUCUUCCUGCAGCUGUAUUUUUGACCUUACCAGACUUUUUUAGUGUGUUAUCUUUGCACUCUUUUUUAUCAGAAUAUGUGAUUUAAAUCAAAAUUGUGUUUGAUCAUUGUGAGUCUUUGCGUGUCGCCGUGCACAUAGAGGUAUUUUAUUCUGCUCUGAGAGAGCUGCUGCUAAAACUGAAACUCACUGUGAGUGACAGUGAAAAUAAAUCUGUCACUGUGAGAGUCUGGGAUUGGAUUUUUAUAAUUGUGUUUAUGCUUUUUACACCACAAACCCAACAGCUCAAAAGACCCUGACAUUCACACACAAAGACCAAACAAAAAUAUCUCACAAAUACAGAAAAUAUUCAGCUGUUACUGCUUUCAGGAGGUGUCUCAGAUUCCUCCCUGUACUUUAAUGAGUAGCAGUCUCUUGUCCACUGGUGUGAUGCUAACUUUCUCACCAUAAAUGUGAAGAAAACCGAGGAGAUGGUGCUUGACCCUCGCUCAGUUGGUGAACAUACCCCUCUGUUCAUCCAUGAUGAAAAAAUGUUUGCUGUUGAUCAGAAGAUCAUAUUAUGUUUUAUCAGGCUGUUUUGGAGAGCAUUAUCCAGCAUGGGAUGUCAGCCUUGUACGGUAAUCUCUCUGUCCAGUUAAAAUCUUAACUUACUCGUCUGGUGCAGACUGCCAUGAAAGUUGUAGGGAGGACUGAAAACUCUUUCCUGCAGUCCAUGUAUGAACAGUCUGUUCUCAGGCAAGCUCAGUGAGCUUUAGCCGGUCCUUCUCACAUCCUUUACCCAGUGUAUGAACUCCUACCAUCUGGUAGGCGAUACAGAGUCCCCAAAUGUAGACUCAACCAUUUUAAAAACUCAUUUGUACCCACUUCAAUUAGGUUUUUAAAUAGUGUUUCCUAAAAUAUUGCCGGAUUGUGCAACAAAGUCAUGGUGUUAUCUUGUUAUCUUAUCAUUUUCUUUUUGGUCUUGUUGGCCUUGUCUCACCUUGCUGUGUCUUGUUCUCUAUCAUUGUCGUCUAUUGUCGCUGUGUUUCUUUUGACCAUUUCUGUGGGAUUCUUGUGCAAUAUGGGUAGGUGCAAUGUGUGUAUGUCCAAUGUACGCGGUUUGUGUGACUGUGUCUUUGUUAGGUCUAGUGCUUUGUGUCAUCAGUUGGCCGCUAAAUCUGUGCAGCUCUUGGAGUCCAAGACAAAUUUUCCUAAUGGGACAAUAAAGUGUAUUGUAUUGUAUUGUAUCGUAUCUUGUGUAUUGUAUUGUAUCUUGCGUAUCGUAUUGUAUCUACAGUGUUGUCAGACAGGUCCUGGGCUGGUAACGAAGAGUUCACCUUAGAGAAAAAUCUAUCAUAAUUAACUAUUAAAGUUUGAGAGUUUACUCUCUGCUGACUGACACACUGACCUGAUUAUUACGUCUGAAUAAUCAUGACAGAAUAUUUCACAAUGAUGCAGAAAAGUGUGGUGUGUGUGUGUGUGAAGGUCCUACCUGACCCUCUGAAACAUUCAUUAACAGUUUGCUAAAUUAUUUACUGUUGUACUGACUGAGUUACACACCAGCAUAAUGGGGGAUUGUGUGUGUGUGUGUGUGUGUGUGUGUGUGUGUGUGUGUGUGUGUGCGCGUGUGUUUGUUUGCGUGACAGGAAAUGCGACGACAUUCAAAGAAGAAGAAUGUGGUCUUAGCUCUGCUGCUCCUCGCUGGUGGAUUUUAUUUCAUUAACCACUCAGACUUCCUCAAUGCUGUGAGUAGACGUGACCUCACACACACACACACACACACACACACACACACACACACACACACAUGGUCGAUGUUUGAGAACCAUCACCUGCUGCUGAACCUCAGGUUUUCACUUCUAUACAAUUUUUAAUGCGUGUGCGUCUGUGUGUGUGCGUAUAUAUGUGUGUGUGUGCAUAUUUCAGGGCCUGAGGAGGAUAAGCGAGCCUCCCCCACGGGAACUGACCUGGGAAGCGGAGCGUCUGGUCCUCAAGGACUCAUGGGUGGAGCAGGGGGACUUCCUGCCUCUAAACGUGUCCUAUCAGCUGCUGGCCGGAGCUCCAAACCCUCAGCAGAGUCAGUCUCUCUCUCUCUCUCUCUGUUUUCCUGUCCUCCCUCACUCAUAGAAAUGUUUCCUACAGACUCUCUAGCCUUCAGAGUUUCCACUGUUACCUGUUCACCCUCCACCUCACCCACCAGGAAAAGAUUAGUCUCAGUGUGCGACAUAUGAUGACAAAUUCAGGCUGUGAAAACCACAGAGGAACAUUACCGAGGUUGACGCAGCAAAGCUAACACUAUGAUGACUGUUUAUACAAAAACUCUAUAUUUGGGACAAAUGCAGGAAACUUGGUUUCACGGUGUGUUGAGAGAAACUGAUUUAUACUCUGUUCUGGUUAGACUUUCAAAAUAAAAGCCGAACUCAGAGAUUAUUGAGUUAAAAAUAUUUGCAGUGAAAAGCAGGACUUCAACGGAGAUCUCUGGUGACUGUUCUUGUCACUGAAAAGCAGACUGAGACUCAGCAUCAGAUGAUGAUGUUGGGGUUUCAGACACAGUGGACGUCUCUUUCCCCUGUCAUUUACCUCAGUGCUGUGUGCACAGACGAGUGUGUGCAGACAUCCUCUCUCUCUCAUCUGAAAAUGAUUCUCCUUUCUCAGCAUAUUGUUUGAGUCAUCCUGUUUACGGCGCUCCUUUGAGUUGCACAAGACAAACACCAUCAUUCCACCCACUGACUCUUAAAGGAGGAAUUUUCCUUAAUACCUCCUGCUACGUUCCCACUGUGGUUCACCUGACUUACAGUGAACAUUUCACCUGUCAGCUGGCAGGAACAAGUGGGGAAACUUUUUUUUACACAGCCUGAAAUUUUUAGGGAGUUGUACAGGGUUUUGAGUAUGAACACAGUUUCAGCCUGUUUUUGUGUAACUCUGCAGUCAUGAGUGCGAACUUGCAUAAUGUUCAUGCUGAAGGGUUUAUUUAACACAAACUGAGGAUUUGAGCCACAUGCUCCUCCUCAGAUGUGCAAAAACAUUAAUAAGUCUGCAUUUUAUAACUAUUCAGACAUUCAAUCUCAGCUGCAACUCAUGCAGCUCUAAUAAGUCAUCAACCUAAAAAAUAUACAACAUUCAAAUAUCAGGCAGAUUAAUCAACCCAAAGUUAUGCUCCAGAGGCAUUUAUCCAAACAUGAUACCUAUUUAUUGUCUAUUUUUUUUAGGUGAUCAUGGAUUUCAUCUAUCAAUCCAUGAUCUUCCGCACUUGUAGAUUUCAGCUGCACUUAGUCACAUGAAUAGAACAGACUGAAAUGGAAAGUGUGCAGAAGCUGAAAUCUGAAACCAAAGUCUGACAGAGACGUUAAACCUGCUUCAAAUCUGCUGUAACCUCACAUCAGCAGGUGAAAACCAGAGAGUUUACAGGCUUAUUUCUGUCUGACUGCCUGAGCAGUUAAGAUCUAGAUAAAAACACAGGAACUAAUGAAGUCUCAAGUGGUCUGCCUUGUUUGAGCAUAGGUCAGACCCAGAAGCUGGUGAGGUCCAGAGUCAAAUCAGGAGAACAAAAGCUGUUCCUGGUUCUGCUCCAUUUUUGAUUUUUGUCAGUUUCCUCCAGAGGCAUUAAAUAACCUUUUAUGAUCAUCUGAGCAGGUUUAUGGUUACAGCUGUAUUUAAAAAAGACUGCACCAUCAUCUUUUACCGUAUUCACACAUGAACAAGUUUUAAAGGUGGGCUGUGGUGUAAUUGUGUUUUACUUUGUUCACUUCUGAUGUGUACUUUUCCACUGAUCUUAUUGAAUUUACUGUGAGUUACAUUUAACUCAUGGGUUGUUUUUAUUUAAUCAGAGCAGAGUGACAUUUAGCUUGAUAAGCAGGAACAUGAUGAACCACAAGGAUCUUUUUGAUCUGCCGGACAGGUCUGCUGCAGUAGAUACACGCCUCAAGGUCAACAUUCACACAUAUUUUAUAGCACAUUUUAGUAAGACCACAGAAACAGCGUUUGGCCUGUUUACGUCAAAGAUAUAUAGCCAAUGACACUGUGUAUGAAGGGCAGUCCUAACAUGGAAGAUAAAUAUGAAUCAUACCCGGAAAUGGGCACUCACUGUGACGGAGAUCCUAAGAGCUCUGUCACUCCAAGUCCAGCACUGUAUUACUUUACCUGUGAACAUAACAAAAGGUUUAUCUGAGACCUGAAGACUUCUCUGGUUGUCCUUGAGCAGUCAACUAAAGAACUGAUUCUCACAGCUGCAUGUGUGAACACAAACAUGCAGACGUUUUCCCAAAAACUGCAUGAAGCUGUGCACCUUGUGUUGCUCCUAUGUGACCAUGGAAAGAAUUUCAGAGGCAGACCAUCCUGAAAUUUUCUGGAAAUGUGCAGAAGUGUACGUGUGAAGAGUUUUAGUUUAUGAUUCAGUUUUCUUAAAGUAUGAGGAGCUUUUACCAGUACAGACUUAUAUGAGUUUUAAAGGUAUUAACCACAUGUGUUUGUCAUGUUUCAGGAUACUUAUCAAUUGGGAUUUCCUCAGUGAAGAGGCAAAAGGGCAAGUACCUGAUCCCCACCCUGCGGUCUCUGUUCUCUCAGUCGUCUCCCGAUGAGCGCUCCUCCAUGGUGGUGGUGGUGCUGCUGGCGGACUUCGAUGUGAGCUGGAGAGUUAGUACGGUGAAGGAGAUCAGGACUGAGUUCAACUCUGAGCUGGAUCAGGGUCAGCUGCUGGUCCUGCAUGUCUCUCAGGAGUGCUAUCCUCCUUUGACAGGUACAUGCUGAUCCUAUAGUUGUUCAGAUUUUUUUUCAUAUCUAUGUUUUCCUGCUGGGCUGAAAUCUGUCCCUGAACACUUUCACUUUAUUUGAGUUCAUGAUUUUCUAGAUCCUAAAACAAACAGUCUGAGGUACAAGUUGUAAUGAAAAUAAGGGCAUGCCUGACUGCAUUAUGCUAGUUACACAGCACACAGUUUAGGUGUGAGUUAGGAUUUAUGAUUUUAAGAUGAUUCAAAGAUGUAAUUUCAGGUGAAUCAAACCAAUGCCAGCUCUCAUUCCCUUUAAGAGUCCUGGUGCACCUACAGCCAGGGGGGUCUCUAUUUACACAGCAGAGUUCAGCAGUUCUGCUUAAAUACACUUGGCCUGGACUGGGAUGUUAAACUUAUUUCUAUCAUUGUGCCCCUAAAAUUUAGAAAACACUCACAGGUCGGUAAGAACUCGGUCAUAGAUCCAAAGAUUUAUGAGUUUGGUCUCAUACUUAAUGUAGGGAGAUAAGGAGAGAUAGGUAUGCAUCUACUGCAUCCUCUGUGUCAAUACACUGAUACAUCUGCUCUGCAGAAGCAGAGGAAAGCAAACUCUUGUAUCCGUCUUACUGUCCCUAUCCACCAUCUGUAUAUUGACAAAGGUUCUGCAUCUCUGACCUCAGACUUAAGAACAUAUUAUUAUUGGUUAAAGACACGGAUACUUUCUGUUGCCUUAUGGCAGCGAUAUGUACCUCCCUCUAAGACCAACACACCCACAGGAGCAAACAUUCAUGCAGGUUCACCUACAAUCCAAACAGCUUUGUUUUCAUUGCAAAUUACAUGUAAAAAAUAAAAUCUCCACUGGGUGUAUGAUAGGUGAGGAAUGGGGGAGGCUUAUGAAACUUCCAACAGGAAAACAACUGACCAACCAUCAUCAUUCAUUCCUGUCAUAUGAGAUUAUCCAUUUAUGAGAGUUCUGAGUUUUUACAGCUGAAACUGUUUGAAACAAGAUGAAAAAUAAUAGCUUCAUGUCGACUGAAAAAUUGUUUAGAUUCUUCAAAUUCAAAUUCAACUUCAUUUAUAUGGCACUUUUCAUGCAUGAAUGCAAUUCAAAGUGCCUUACAGAGGCUAAAAAGAACAAUAAAACCCAACCCUCCCACCCACACAUACACCCAUAAACCCACACACACACACACACACGCACACACGCACGCACGCACGCACACACACACACACACACACACACACACACACACAGCGAGCACUUAAGAUAUAUUGCUCAAGAGACAUGGCUUGACACCGAGACACUGCGUGAGGAAAGUGCUACCUUUCGGAAGCACUGGAGAUAAAAAGAUAAAAAUGGUAAAAAGAAAGAGUAAAACCUGAUGGACCAAGACAAGAAGAUAAUAUAUUAUGUACAAAUAAUUAAAACCCCUAACCAUGUAAAAGGGGUAAAAGAAGUAAAAAUCUCAUUGGAGGGAUUUAAGAAAAAGACGAAGAACAGAGAUAAUUAAUAAAAUUAUAUAAAAUAAACAUUAUGUACUUUGAUAAAAGUGAACAGUAGCAAUAAGAGAAAUAAGACAAGGCAAUCAGUGGAAAUCCUGGUUAGAAAAGAAUAAGAGUCUUGAGCCUCUUCUUAGAAACAUCAACAGUCUCUGCAGCCCUGAGGCUCUCCGGCAGGCUGUUUUUACCCUUUCUACUCCUGAAAAUGACCCAUUUUGUGAUUGUGGUUUUUUUUAAACCCACACAGACUCACAAAAACUUGGAUUUGAAGCAUCAGAUGAAAAAAACAUGAAAUGUUUAGGAAAUUAAGCGAAUCCAAAAGAAGAUAAGGUGUUUUGUUUCAUGUUGUUUGGUGAGAAAAACAUCUAUUGAAGAAAUCUUGAGGGUCUCAGUUAGUAGUAGAGCUACAUGCUAACUGAUAGUGGAACCCUCAGGCAUAAGUAAUUGUGGACUAUGUCAAAUUAUUUUAAUUUAACAAUAAAUUAAUUAUUUUGAUUUAACAUGGAGAAAUGAUCCAGGUCAUCUUCUUCUGUUGAUGCUGUGACUCUGAUACUGGACUCUCUGCCCCUCCUGCAGGUUUGAAGAGGAACUUCAACGAUGCCCCAGACAGGGUGUCGUUCCGCUCCAAACAGAACCUGGAUUAUGCCUUCCUCAUGCACUACAGCGCUGCUCUGGGCAAAUACUACCUCCAGCUGGAGGACGACGUCUCCUCCGCUAAGAACUUCCUGAGCACCAUCAGGAAGCACGUGAACGAGCAGGAGUGGAAAAAGAUCACCUGGGCCAUGCUGGAGUUCUCCAGCCUCGGCUACAUUGGGAAACUCUACAAAUCGGCUCAUCUUCCUCUCCUGGUGCGCUUCCUCUUCAUCUUCUACCAGGAAAUGCCUUGUGAUUGGCUGAUGUCUCACUUCAGGAUGCUGCUGACCCAGAAACAGACGCUCCUGUUCAAACCGUCCCUCUUCCAGCACAUGGGGACAUUCUCCUCCUUCCAGGGGAGCUAUAACAAACUGAAGGACAAAGAUUUCGAGGAGGGUCUCUACAACAAUCCUCCAGCUGAGGUUUUCACCGACAUGUCCACCUACCAGAAAAAUCUCCCCAUCCUGGCCUGGGAGGCCGGUGAGGGUUUCUUCUGGGGACGCUCCCCUGAGAAAGGAAACCACCUGACUGUGGUGUUCACACAGCCCACUGUGGUGACAGGGAUUUUCAUAGAAACUGGCUCAGGGGGUAAAGACCUGCUGGAGUCUGCUCAGGUGGAGCUGGGCCGUGAGGUGGUGUCCACAGACAAACAGGAGAAGACCUGUAAAGAGUUCACGUCUCUGGGGACGUUUAUAAAUGGGAGGUUUGAGAUGCAGGAGGUAAAUAAGAAGUUAAGCUCCGCCUCCUCCUGUCUGAAGAUCCAGGUGAUGGCGGGACAGAAGGACUGGGUGGUCGUUAAUAAAAUCAGGGUCUGGAUAAAGUCGGGCUCAACAGUGAGCGUGUCCUCCUGAUGGAGCUGAGACUGGAGUGCCUUUAACAUCAUGGAACAUGAAGCUUCUUCAAGUAUGUUUGAAGACCGCGUUUGACCAAAGACUGUGAGAACUUUUCUAGUUUAUGUAUAAACAACGUAAUUUAAUUUUAUGAUCAUUGAAGUCCUGCUGCUGUCAGAGUUACUGACUCACUGGUGGAAGGCGUGGAGACUGUCUAGAUUUAUUACUCACUCUUUUCUCCCGGUGUUUUCAGGGUAAUUUCAGGACUUUCAGCCUCUGGUGUUCUCAGGAGCUUGUAGUUUACACAUGCAUCUUAAAACAGGGAAUCAUCUGUGUCAGGCUGCGCUCAUCUCUGCUGUGUAACCGAGAUCAUUUUGGCAGACUCACUCCUCUCAUUGUAAGAUUGCACUCCUUUUGCCUCACGCUGCUGCCAAAAAGUCCAUUUGAUAUUGCACUAUUAUACUAGAUGCUGCACGUCUGUGUUCCUCGGCCUGCAGCACUCUGAUCGGUUGUUUGGCUCUCUGAUGUGUGAGUCUCUGAUGGACUGUAAAUCUUGGUAUCUUGGACAACAGAGCACUGAGGAAAUUCUAAGUGUAGCGUUGGCUAAAACCGAGCUCUCGUUGUAGUUUGUUAAAAAUGAUCUAAAUGAAGUGGCAGAGCUGAGCUUGACUGCAGAGCCUGACCCUCUAGCUUCUGUUCUGGUUCUGCAGCCGGUUUCUAAUCUAAGGGCUGAGCUGACCGGGAUCCUCUGUGAGUGAUACUCUUACAAGUACCUCAUACAACCACACUGCAAAAAAAAAAAAAAAAAACACUGAAAUAUCCCUUUAAAAGCUAUCACAAAGUACCCUUACAGUGUGUUGGUAAUAAAUGUUGUCAGGAGAUUAGUCAGUAAUAUAUGACACAAUAAAGCUGAUAUCAGUUCGACUGUCUGCGACUCUAACAUACCCGCCGUGUUUGCUGCCUUUGUUCAUUCAUGCUGUUUAAUUGCUGAGGUGUGGACUCUGAGCUUAAAAUCAGAGUCAUGAGGUCUGCUGUGGUUUAUUUCUUCAUUGUCUGCAGACAGACUCUGUAUGAAAUCAGUUUACACGUGUUGUGACCCCACCCCAGUGUGCAUACCUUCACCACUGAUCUGUAUUUUUUUUUUUUUAGCAGUGAUAAAAUUUCAGGAAGUGAUUUUAUGAUUUUGUAGUUUGUGAUUUCCUGCUGGAGAAGGAUUUUUUUUUCAGGGCUUUCUCGCCAAAAAGUUUGCAAAGCUGUGGUUACUAUCUGUCCUGAAUGGAGGACGCUACCAAUCUGCGUUCAUUUUGUGUUUGCACAGAGGAAAGGAUGACGGUUUUAUCUUCAAAAAUUUUAGUACAGCUGAGACUCUAAACUUUGCUGAGACCAUAAACAUGAAAUAAGUGAGAGGGGGUAGAGUCCAAAGGGAACUUCCGCUCAGUAUCUUGAAAUAUGUACAAAACUUUGCAAUACAUUAACUAAAAACUGCUGCAGAUCAACACUGUGUUUUCUUUGUAAAGAUCACAUGAAAUGAGAGCAAUAUUUUACAGGAUUAAUAAAGAAAACUGUGAGCAAAUA